CUCAUCAGCUGAUUUUUGUUGUUUUUUUAGUUUAAUUUAAACAAACAUUUGUUACAAAACUGUUAAACUCAAAACGUUUUUUAUGUUUUCUACUAUAAAAGAUGAACGAGGCCUACAAAAUUCAAAUUAUACCUCACAAUUUGAGCAAAGAAGAGACCGUUGUGCAAAUGGUUGAGAUUCUUGAUCAUUUGAAUGAUAUCACCCAAGAUAUUUUAUCUAAGGUGAGCAAAAGGCUGGACGAAAACGCCCAUAAACUUUCCGGCAUAACAGAACGCAUACAAACAGCUGCAACUAAAGUAGAAAAACUGAAAGGCGAUAAAAAGGCGAAAACUGUUUUUUCAAGUAGCAAGUAUCCUGCAAUGGACGUGUGUCGAGACUAUGUUUCUAUAUUUAAUGAGCCUACAAAAGUGGAAAGAAAGAUGUAUAAAGUAAAACAUAGCAAAUAUGUAUCUACUUAUGAACCGUUAUCAAAAUUACAGUUUUACCAUGUCAGGGUAACUGAUUCAAAGCCUAAAACUACACCACACGGUUUGGGAGAUAUUCCUUCAGACACCAAAUGUAUAAAUGACCUUUUAUUAUUCAAUACUGGCAAAAAUAUUUAUAAAGACUUUAAGCCAGAAGAUUCAUUAAAAGGGAGACUUACAACAAGCAACAAAGAAAAUACCACUUCAGAACUUGGUGCUGCACCUGUAUCGAUUAGUCAACGUUCUUCUGUACAGCAAACUGUAAAAUACAAUUAUUUCUACACUCCUAAAAAUGAGGAAUUACCUGCCUUGGAUGUGCCUUGGGAUUUGCCAGAUUUGCCUGGUAUAGCCAAUGAUGUUAGAUAUGAAAAUGACAUGCUGGUGACAAGUAUUGCUCCUUCUGCUAUAAAUGACAGUUUAGAGACACUGGAAGGGCUCAAGUUGCCAAGUAUUGAGGAAACUAAGCAUGAGACUGACCAUCCAGUGCCCCCUGAUCCUCCACAAGAUAUUGUAGAGCCACCUCCACCUCCUCCUGUGCAUCUAUUAACUCAGCAAGCUGAGAUAACUGAACCCAAGAAGACUGAAGAUUUACCAGAUAAUAUGACACCUAUUGUGGAAAAACAAGAAGAACCUACACCCAUAAAAGUAGCUGUUACUGUUGAUCCUAGGGCCAGUUUAAUGGAUGCAAUAAGAAAAGCAGGAGGUUCCAAAAAUGCCAAAUUAAAGAAAAUCAAUGAAGAACCUGCAAUAGCUGGAUCAAAAACUGCUGCCCCAUCAGGGGAUCUAAUGGCUGAUUUGCAUAAUAAACUGAUGAUGAGAAGAAAAGGAAUCUCAGGUGUCAAAAGUGAGGACAAUCAAGUGGGAAUGAGUACAGCAAAUUCAGCAUUUGCUAGGUUAAGUUCUAUUAUACCUCCUCCAGUUAAAAGUAAUGAGGAGGAAAGUGCUGUGUCCGAGGACGAUAAUGAUGAUUGGAAUGAAGAUUAGUUGCCUUAUAUCAGUAGGGUUAAAAUCUUAACUUAUCAUUCCACUACAGUUCAUUCAAGAUUAUACAAUUAAUUCGGCAUCCUGCAUUUUUCAAUAAAAUUCUUGUCUGUACAGACUACUUAACAGCUUUAAAAAUAAAUAUAUUUAUAAUAAGAUGUAAAAUAUUUUAUAUUUCUUUAAUAAAUGUUGAUUUACUAUUUGCCAA